AUGCCUAAAAUCGCUGAAUCUGACGAAUCUCGAAUGAUCGAGGCCUGCGAAGCGGCUAGACGCGAAGAAAAACCAAAUAUAACCAAGAUUGCGCGUGAAUUUGGUGUUAAUCGGCGGAACCUCCAGAAUCGCGUCAGAAAGGGCAUGCAGGCUCGUACAGCUAGGAAGCCAGUCAAUAAGGUCCUAGAUAGGGCUCAAGAGGAAGCUUUGACGCGCUGGAUAUGCCAACUAAUCGAUUGGAAUAUGCCACCAAAGCCUAGGCUAAUCGAGGCGUGGGCAAUUCGCUCGCUUGCACGCGCUGGUAAGCCUGAUCAGAAGGUUGGCAAGAUGUGGGUAUAUCGCUUUAUUAAGCGUCUCCCACAAGACCUACAGCUAGGUCCAGUGAAUCAGCGUACGAAGGAAUCGAAGCGUAUCCAAGCAGAAGAUGUGUACCUGCGCGGCUAG